AUGCUGGAACCACCGCAACUGGACCCUAAAAUGCGUUUACUACCCCUAAUCCAAUCACCCGAGGAUCUCCUUGAUAAGCUCUCUCGGUUGAAAGACGCUGCUUUCCGAGCUGAUGUCGAAGGUUAUACCGAAUCGUUCAACGCCUACCUCAAACAAUGGGUGGACCAGGUGCUUCCCACCACCGCUAAUCGGAUUUCGAUCGAUAUCAAUGCCCUGGCCCAACUGAACUUAUCUAAUAUUCAAAAGACUGUUGUCGUCCAAGAAUUGGCCGCUGCAUUCGUCAACGAAGUCGGUGACGUCAAGUACGAGGCAGGUAACCUCGACAGUGUUCUGAACGUCUUGCAUUUGCUUAAGAAACUGUACCGCUUGGUCGAUCACUUGGAACCCACCACCACUGCCAAGAUCGCCAUCAACUUGUUUCCCAACAUCACCACUUACCCCGAACACUUCCAGACUGUCCUUGAUGACUUCAACACAAUAAUCGAAGGCUUGGAGACUCCCGUUAAGUAUAAACUGAUGGCCAGGGGUCAAGUUCGAGGGAAGAUCUUGUUACUUUUGAAUACUCUCCCAUCGUUGGUUUACACUGAUGAUAAUGAAAUUGCUGCCUGGAAAUCUAAGCACUUGAGUGACUUAUACGAACCAUGGUGGGGUAGUCCUCCUUCAGUUUCAUCCCAAGGCACCACCGAUACGGAGUGGGAACGCUUCAAGCCGCGCACAAAGUCUGUGUUGGAAACACACGAUUUUUUUGGUUACGAUAAUGAAACGCAGACAUCACGAAGCUCGGUGCCUGAUGAUAGAAAUAUGGCAAGGCUGCAAUUGAUUUCUGAUCACUUGGCUCGGGGUAUCAAUUUACUCACGAAUUAUUGCCGUGAAUUUGCCGAUGGUAGCUCCCAGCCUCUGUCUUCCGAGGAAAAAACGGUUGCGAUGAUUCACCUGACGUUUGAACGAUUCCAAGAAUACCCUUUUGACGACUAUGACGAUAGCACUGACCUAAUUCUUCAAGUAGGGCCGCAACUUGUUGACGUUUUUCUCGCUAUUCCCCGCCUUCACGAUUCUAAACUAGACGUUUCAAGAAUCAUACUUACAUUCGCUAGUGUCAUAAGCCAAGUUGUGCUCACCAGAAUCGAAUCUCGGGGUCCUAUGGCUUUUUUGACAUUCACCGAUUCGUGCUCAUUUGUCGUGCUGCGGCUGGUGAUAAGUAAGUUCAAAAAGACCUCGCCGUACGUUGCGAAAGUGCCUUGGGGCGAGAUCGUUGUUGAAGGAACUGGGACACUCAAGGUGGUGGAUAACAGCGGCCAGUCAGUUGCCGUAAAAGCUUUUUAUGCUCCUAAAGGUAUCAAUAAGCCCAUGAUGCUUUACGAUAACCAAAAAGUUACCUCGCUGAUGCUGGACGCCAUUCCUGCAGUGAUUAAUGUUGGCAAAAUCCCACACGAUUGUCAUUUUGAAGAAGAUGUUGCCUGUGAUUUUGAAGAAUAUAAUGCCUGUGAUUUUGAAGAAGAUGAUGCCUUCAUUAAAGGAGGCGUACUUCUAGGGAAGGGGGCAAUUGAUGUCUUAAAGUGCAAAGAUGGGUUGCGUAUACCUCUUAGAUCACUGCCUAAGCUUGCAAGAAUGAUUAAAGUGUGGGCGUUCAUGAGAGAUCUUUACGUCGGAGAAAGAACGGAGUUGCGCUCGCGGUUGACGGUGGCCGAGAUGAAGUCAUUGCUCGACGAGCUCAACGACAUAUAG